AUGAAUGUUGUGGCGCCUCUCCCCGUGCACUCCACCUCCCUCUCUCCACUUCCCCCCCACCUCCCUCUCUACCCUUUCCCCCCACCUCCCUCUCUCCCCUUUCCCCCCACCUCCCUCUCUCCCCUUUCCCCCCACCUCCCUCUCUCCCCUUUCCCCCCACCUCCCUCUCUCCCCUUUCCCCCCAACUCCCUCUCUCCCCUUUCCCCCCACCUCCCUCUCUCCCCUUCCACCUCACGAGCGUACCAUCCACAAGCCACACACGCGCACAUGAGAAUGCGCUCACUGAUCUUUCCACACCCUCUCCCUCCCUCUCUCCCACCUCUGUAUGACCUGCCAGGAGCGUACCUACCCCAUCUGCAAGCCACACACGCGCACAUGAGAAUGCGCUCACUGACCUUUCCACAUCCUCUCCCUCCCCCUCUCCCACCUCUGCCAGACCUGCCAGGAGCGUACCUACCCCAUUCGCAAGGCACACUGUCUGCUUGCUUCAAUACUCUCUCCCCUCUUGACUUCUUCCGCCCACCUCCCCCCUCUCGAAUUCUGUACCUGCGACAUUCUCAUGGCACACAGGCGCACAUGAAGAAGCCGCUCAAGGCUGCUCACCUGGUGCUGGAGAAGUAUGAAGUGGCGAUGCAGUUGGAGGCGCGCAUCAAAGAAGGUCCCAAGGCCGACCUAGAGCCGUACUUAGCAGCUAUAGCACAGCUGGAAGAGAGCGUGCGGUGCUGUGAGGCGCUCGAAGCGGUGAAGGGCGCCUGGCAGUUGGGCGAGGAGGAGGAGGAGGAGGAGGAGGAGGAGGAGGAGGAGGAGGAGGAGGAGGAGGAGGAGGAGGAGGAGGAGGAGGAGGUGGAGGAGGAGGAGGAGGAGGAGGAGGAGGAGGAGGAGGAGGAGGAGGAGGAGGAGGAGGAGGAGGAGGAGGAGGAGGAGGAGGUGGAGGAGGAGGAGGAGGAGGAGGAGGAGGAGGAGGGAGGAGGAGGAGGUGGAGGAGGAGGAGGAGGAGGAGGAGGAGGAGGAGGAGGAGGAGGAGGAGGAGGAGGAGGAGGAGGAGGAGGAGGAGGAGGAGGAGGAGGAGGAGGAGGAGGAGGAGGCGUAGGCGCUGCACAUCCAGCAAAGCUAGCAGAAGCGAUCAAGCAGGCCGAGUCGGAGGGCAAUGGGCUGCCGGUGCUGCUGGCAAAUAGAAAGGCGGGCGAGCGCAUCCGCCAGCUGGCAGAGGCACUCAUCCGGAUUGGCCGGGCCGAUAAAUGCCUGAAGAUAUACACCAAUGUGCGCGGCGCCGCGGUGAAGGCGGGGUUUAAGCGCAUGAACUGCACGGAGGAGCUCACACGUGAGCAGAUGGAUUGCAUGGUUUGGACGGAUCUGGAGACGCGCGUUGAGGGGUUGUGGAAGCCGCAGAUCAGCAUGGCGGUGGAUGUGGUUUUCAAGGCGGAGAGGGCGCUGUGUGAGACGGUCCUUGCAGGGUUGGAGCCGCACUCAAGCAAGGCGUUUGCAGACCUGGCGGAUCUCACGCUGGGCAUGCUGUUUGGCUUCGGGGAGGUGGUGGUGAGCCAAAGAAUGCCGGUGAAUCAGGCCAAGGAGCUGAUGGAUAUGUUCGAAACACUGUUGAAGAUGUAUGAGACCAUGCGGGCGCUCAUACCACAGGUGGAGGUGGUGUUUGCGGGCACGGCAUGUGAUGCCAUCCGGAGCAGCGCGCAGCAGCUGCUGCAGCGACUAGCAACGGCCUCUAAGGAUGCAUUUAACAACUUUGAGCUGGCAGUGGCGAGCGAUGAGAAUUAUACCAUGCCGCGCGAUGGCACCAGGCAUGCGCUCACCAGCCACGUGGUGAACAACUUCAACUAUCUCAAUGACGGCUUCCAGCCCACCAUGCAGUCACUCUUUGGCGCUGGCAGCAACAUCUUCAGUGACAAUAUGAAGCGGGCCUUUGCGGUGCUUUACACAAACCUGGUGGAGAGGAAGAGCAAGCAGUAUGACAAUGCGGCGCUCAGUGAGUUCUUCCUCAUGAACAACGCUCACUACAUCGUGGAGCGUGUCAUCAAUGGCAAUCUAAAGGAUGUGGUGGGGGAGGAGUGGAUCUACCAGCAGCGGGGCAUCGUGGAGAAACAUGCCAAGGCGUGCAGCACAUCCAAGGCGUCUCAAAAGUUGCAACUCUCCCUCUCCCUCGCUUACGCUCGCCAGAUUUUUGAGCUACUGAAGCCGGAAGGGCCAUCAGAGGAGGGCAUGGAGGGCAUUGCGCGCCGCAACACUGUCAAAGAGAAGUUCCGUGUGUUCAAUGCCACAUUUGAGGAGCUGCAUCGCACGCAGUGCAUGUGGAAGAUCCCAGAUCCCAAGCUGCAAUCCGCCCUGCAGCAAAGGAUUUCCAAGGACCUGUUGCCCGCCUACCGCUCCUUUCUGCAGCGAUGCACCCCGCUGUUGAAGAGUGGCGGGUUCUUUGGCAGCAGCAGCAAGGAGGCCAGCAAGCACAUUCGCUUCACGGAUGAAAACCUUAGGGAGCUGCUCGGGGAGUUCUUUCAGGGCAAGGAGAGCCGCAACAUUCUCGUAGCCCAGCCCUCUGCUGCACAAUAG